AAUCCAAGGUAUCACAGAAGAGGGAGGCAAAAACAACCUUGUUGUGGCUUAAAGAAGACCGUUUUCAAGUGUGCGAGUGAUCAGAAAGCGGCUAUUUCGUUUGAUGAGUUGGUGGUGAAAUGAUGAGUUUUGCGUGACAAGGGCCUGAGAAGUUCAUUUAAUUUUGUUCAUUUGACGUCAAAUUAAGCAAAAAUGCUAAAAACAGUGAUUCUCCUGACCAUCAUUGCCAACACCUACCAACAAAGUGUCUUGGAGGGAAUCAUCAACAUCCUCGAGGAGGGCGAAGCCCAAUUUAACCUCGAGCCUGAAGAUGUGCGAAACCUCCUCCCAGAGUACGAUUUUAUCGUAGUAGGCGCCGGGAGCGCCGGCUGCGUCGUUGCCAACCGUCUCUCCGAAAACCCCAACUGGAAAGUGCUACUAAUCGAAGCAGGUCGUACGGAGAACUACCUAAUGGAUAUGCCCAUCCUAGCCAACUACCUGCAAUUCACCGAUUCGAACUGGAAGUACAAAACCACCCCCAGUGGGCGUUUCUGCAUGGGGAUGGACAACCAGCAGUGCAAAUGGCCGAGAGGGAAAGUCGUGGGCGGGUCAAGUGUCCUCAACUACAUGAUCUACACCCGGGGGAACCACCGGGAUUACGACCACUGGGCCGAUUUGGGCAACACAGGGUGGUCCUUCAAAGAGGUCCUCCCUUAUUUCAAAAAAGUGGAAAAUUUCUCCGUCCCCGACUCCCCCUACCCCGAGUACCACUCAAAAGAGGGGUACCUCUCGGUCAGUUAUGCCCCUUUUAAAACCAAGAUCGCCGAUGCCAUUAUAGAAGCCAGUAACCAAAACGGUAUUAAAUCCGUCGAUUACAACGGCCCCAUCCAAGUAGGCGUGUCCCGACUCCAAGUCUCGAUGCGAGAUGGGGUCCGGGAGAGUGCCAGUAGGGCCUACCUCCACCCCAUUCGAAACCGCCCCAACCUCCACGUCAAAAAACUCGCCAUGGUCAGCAAGGUACUAAUCGACCCCAAGACCAAACAAACAAUAGGCGUUGAAUUCUUCCGGGAUGGUACCAGGUACCAGAUCCGGGCCUCGAAAGAGGUCAUCGUCUCAGCAGGUGCCAUAAACUCGCCACAACUCCUCAUGUUGAGCGGAAUCGGGCCCCGGAAACACCUCACCCAGAAAGGUAUUCCGGUACUGUCCAACCUUAAGGUUGGCUACAACCUCAUGGACCACAUCGCCUUGGGCGGUCUCACUUUCAUCAUCAACAAACCGUACUCGCUCAACACCGAAAAAAUGAUAACCACGGAAAACAUGCGACAGUACUUGAACUACCACAAAGGCCCGUUAUCGGUACCCGGAGGCUGCGAGGUCCUGGUCUUCCAUGACCUGAAGAACCCCACGGACCCAGACGGGUACCCCGACAUUGAACUGCUGUUCCAAGGCGGUUCCAUCGUUUCCGACCCCUUACUGCGCAAAGAUUUUGGCAUAACAAACGAACUCUAUGACGCGGUUUACAAACCCAUUGAGGACCUAGACACCUUCAUGGUUUUCCCCAUGUUGAUGAGACCCAAAAGUAAAGGUCGCAUCAUGCUCAAGAACAACAACUACCGGGCAAAACCCUACAUCUACCCCAAUUACUUCGCCUAUGACGAGGACAUGGACACCAUCAUGGGUGGCGUCCAUCUAAUCCUAAACAUCACCCAACAGCCCGCCCUCCAGGCACUCGGUGCCCGCCUCCAUGACAUCCCCAUCCCCCAAUGUGCCAAAUACGGCUUCGCCUCCGACGAUUACUUCAAAUGUAUGGCACGCCAUUUCACCUUCACCAUCUACCAUCAGAGUGGUACUUGCAAAAUGGGGCCACCCAGCGAUAAAAAAGCAGUGGUGGACCCACGAUUAAGGGUUUAUGGUAUUAAAGGGUUGCGGGUUAUUGAUGCCUCCAUCAUGCCUGAAGUACCGGCGGCUCAUACGAAUUCGCCCACUUUUAUGAUUGCGGAAAAAGGGGCCGAUUUGAUCAAAGAAGACUGGGCGAAUAGAAGCUGACAUUUACUGUGAUUCGUUAUUUUAAUUGUAAUUAUAUUAAUUAAAUAAUUUAAAUAAU